AUGUCCAGACGGAAGCAGGCGAAACCUCGAUCUCUGAAACGAGACGAAGAGUGGGACGACGGGAACGAGCAGAAUGUCCUGGAGGUAACCGAGCAGGAUAAUGAGACGACGGGAAUUAAGCAGGACGAAGAGGAGGAGGAGGAGGAAGAGGAGCUGCAGAGAGCUUUCAGUCGUCAUUCCGAGGAAUACUUGCAAGAGGGAAGGCCAUCGCCGGUCCAAGGGCCAGACUUGGAGAACCAGAACAGCCUCGACAGUGAGGCCUUGGGAACCGGAAGUUCGUCGUGGCAGAGCGAGGAUGGCGGUCCGAACUCGCGACGCGGCGGAGAGACGCCGUCGUCUUGCGCGACGCCGACGUCGACCAGCUUCCCGUCGGAGCCAGAGGUCGACGCCGACGUCGGUGUGAACGCCGACGGGAACAACGCGACCGCUCCUUAUCCCUGUCAAUUCUGCGACCGCACCUUUCCACGGCUCAGCUAUCUGAAGAAGCACGAACAGAGCCACGGUGACCAAAUGCCGUACAGAUGCAGCUGGUGUGCAAGAUUGUUCAAACAUAAGCGUAGCAGAGAUCGACACGUGAAGCUUCACACGGGAGACCGAAGAUAUCGAUGCACGCACUGCGAGGCUGCUUUCUCCAGGAGCGAUCACUUGAAGAUUCACAUGAAGACACACGACACGCAGAAGCCGUACCAGUGCACCGCCUGCUCCAGAGGGUACAACACAGCGGCUGCUCUAACGUCUCACAUGCAGUCUCACAAGAAGCACCACCAUCAAUCCCAAGGAGCGACGAAACUCCAGGACAUCGACUACGGUCGAAGAAGCGUGUCCUCUCACAGCACGUCCUCGCCACCGGUUCCAAGCUCGCCUUCGCCAUCCUUAAAUCUCGCGUUGAACUCGAAAACAGGCCUGAAAAGUUCUCAGGGCAGCGCAUCGACCACGCCGAUACUAAGCUCGCCGUUGAAACUGGCCUGCAUGUAUUGCACCAGAGAUUCCUUCAGCUGUAUGCAGCAACUUCAGAUGCACGUGCACACGAUGCACCAGGCGAUUCUUAGCGGUGAGAACGUGGCGGUGUCACCGUCACCAAACAGAACCAACGAGCACGUAGCCUAUCAACGGGAGAAGACACUGGAUCGUCCUGAUGGAUCGUCGAAAGAUCACGAGAAGAGAAAGUACCAAGAGGACUCGGAGAGAUCGAUAGAGAAAGAGCACUACGAGAACGCUUUAACGUGCAAUCAGUGCACGAUGAAGUUCUCUACGCUUGGUUCUCUGAGAGAUCAUCUCGUUUCCAUCCACAGAACCGACGGUUUUGGCUCCGCUUUGAUGAUGUGUCCUCUAUGCGGUAUUCCCUGCACCUCUGCAGCCGCCUACGCCGAACACUACGUUCUCCAGCACUGCGAGAAUCGCAGAGUAACGCCGCUAGACGGGAGCAGAGAGUACGCAGAUCCGAAGAUGAACGGUGGUUACGAGUCGAAGAGCUCGAGGUGCCAGAAGUCGAGAGAACAAACGUCCUCGGAGCCAGCCGAUCUGACCAGCAAGCAUUCCACGUCCACGGAGAACAGUUACACAGCUGGUACACUGUUGUGCGGCCAGUGUGGCGCUGCUUUGAAGGACUUCGAGUCGUUCAGGGAACACCUAGCCAGACAUCUUCAAGCUGAUCACAGAAACGACGUUGUCAGGCAUCCUUGUCCAAAGUGCGAGGCUAAUUUUCAGGACAGAGAAGACAUGCUGGCACAUCUGACCAAGCAUUAUCUCGGUCAAGUGAGCAAAGAGUACGCGUGCGGUGCUUGCAAGAAGCUCUAUCCGCAUCCUGACCUCCUUCAGAGGCAUCUGCUCGACAGCCACGCUCAUCAUCUCUACAGAUGCGCGUUGUGCAGGGAUACCUUCGACUCGAGAGUGGCUAUACAGGUGCAUUUCGCUGUGAAACACAGUCAGGAGUGCAGGAUUUAUCGGUGCAACGCGUGCACCAUUCCUAACAACGAGAACUCGCCUGGAAACGCGCCUGGCGAGGGGAAAAGCUUCUUCAGGAGUGAAUCGGAGAUGGCGAAUCACGUGAGGAACGUGCACGCGCCGCCCACCGUCUCCAACAGCAGCCCAGCUGCUAGGAGUCCUGCAUCUACUCCUGGAAUAACAGGAACCUCCGGACCGAGAUGCGUCUUCUGCGGUAUCUGCUGCAGCUCCGAGCUGGAAUUGCAGCUUCAUUUGGCCAGUCACUCGGCUAGCUUGUACAGGUGUCCAGUUUGCAGAGAGGGAUUCGCUGUGGAGUUCUUACUGGACAGGCAUAUCGCCCAGUCUCACCAUUCGAGCGAUCAUCAUCAGAGCGGUGUGAGGAGUAGCAGCAGGGAGAAUGGGAGGAUCGGCAGACCACCGAGGUUGCAAGAAGAGGCCAAGUCUCAGAAGCGAGGUCGUUCUCCAGCGUCUAGCAACAACAACUCGUUGAACCAACGUGACAACAACAGCAAACGAGCAAAUUACACUGCCACACCAUCCCAGCAAUGCGACCUCUGCGAAAGAGGAGAGUUCACCACUGAAGCAGAACUGCAAGCCCACAAGAAGCUGGCUCAUACACCGGCCAAGCUUCAGAAUAAAUCAAUCUCGAAUCUAAGCAUGACCUGUGCUUAUUGCGGAGAAGUAUGUCGCUCGAGGACUGAAUUAGAGUCCCACACGAGGAUCCAGCACGCUUCGAACGAGCCUGGAGGGCGUCACAAGUGCAACAUCUGUGACGAGGUCUGUCCAUCGGGCGCGACUCUCGCUGAGCACAAGUUGCAGAAGCAUUGCAAGAUUCAGUUAAGCGACACGUGUAUCGUUUGUCGAGGAAGCCUGACCUCGGAGUCGCAAUUUCUGGAACACGUGCAGAGACACAGCCUGGAGAGCGUGGAUCCUCAGCAAAGAUUGGACGGUUCGCUUCCUCAUCUACCAGCAGCGUGUGUAGUCUGCAGGCAGACGUUGAUCAGCGAUUUCGAGUGUCGUCUUCACGCCAGGCAUCAUUUGAGAGCGACUACAGGCACGCACAGCGUUGGUUCUAGCCCUAGUCCGAAUCAGAAGAGUCAGAAUCCAAGCUGCUGCCUUUGCCUGAGAGAUUACUCGGCUGAGGACUUUGUCAGUUUGCCUCCUAGUCACAUAAGCGGUGGAGGACAGUCCCUUAGGGUCUGCAAGUCCUGUUACAUUCGUCACUCUCAAGGUUUACCUAUCUUGAAUCCACCGUACGAACCUGCUGCUCUCAGGUCCAAGUGUGACAGACCUUGGAUACCUGGUGGUAAGGAUGGCCAGUGGGAUGGAUCUAGGGACAGAUGGGAAUCUGAGAGUAGAGUGAACGAUGUGAACGAUAACAAAAGGUGUCAGGAUUGUGGAGUUAAGUUUGAAGAUCCUGAAGAAGCAGAGAAGCAUAGGAUGGUGGAACAUGAGAAAGCUGGAACAGCGUCAAACACAUACACCUGUAUACAGUGCCAGAUGUCCUUCUCAUCGGAGGCCAAAAUACAGCAACAUGUAAGAAAAGAGCACUUGGAAGCAUCAGGGAAAGCCUCUAUAGAGGCUCUAAGAUGUCACUUGUGUUUAUUCGAGGCUAGCAGUCCUUUACAGCUUCAGAGCCAUUUGAUAGAGCACACUUUUGCUGGGUGUGCCGCUCUCAGUUGCUACAUUUGCCAGUCUCUGUUCACCGCACCCAUUGGCCUUCAGAAUCACAUGCUUCAGGAGCAUGGUCUAGGAGCCCGUCCAUACGACUGCUCCAAGUGUACCCUGAAAUUCUUCUUCAGGGCGGAAUUGGAUCACCAUAUGCUGACGUUUCAUCGACCAGGAGAAUUACCGUCGCCUGUUGAAAACGCUCAGAACAUCGCUGAGCAGAAGCCAAAAGAGCCAGAGGAGAGAAACUGCGACGAGGAAGGGGUUACGGUGAAGGAAGAAAUUCUUCCGGAGGCACAGGACGAGGAAGAAGAGAUCAAUGUUGAUGAACAAGUGGAGCAAGAGAAUCGAGAAGGGGAGAAGAAAAUGGAAACGGAGAAGAUGUUGAAAAUUGAACAGGAGGAGGGAGAUGGUGAACCAGAGAAAAUGGAAUCGUGA